UGUGUCAGCCCUGAUGUCCAGGGUGUAACCUGCCCCCCCCAUGUUACUCUCAAAGCAGAUGGUGACAUUUAAGCUCCUAAAAGGGAAAAGAAACACUUAAUAACUGAGAUGGAUCUGCAUGAGGCAAAAUGGAAAUCAGCUGCUGUCAGUGUGCUGCUGCUGCUCACACUCUACCCCAUCACCACUGCAGCUGCUGUCAGCCUGAAGGAACAUCUGGCUGACUGUCUGGAGGACAAAGACUACGAUGAGCUGCUGCACACCGUGAAGACAGGACUACCUCACAUAAAAACAUCUCAUCAUGUCGUGAUCGUCGGAGCUGGCGUGGCUGGACUGACGGCUGCCAAACUCCUGCAGGACGCAGGACACCAGGUGACCAUAAUAGAGGCGAGUGGUCGUGUCGGAGGACGAGUGGAGACCUACAGGAAUGAAGAAGAAGGCUGGUAUGCUGAACUGGGAGCCAUGAGGAUCCCAAGUUCUCACCGCAUCGUCCGCUGGUUCGCUAAAAAACUGGAAGUCAAGCUGAAUGAGUUCAUCAUUGAGGACAUCAACACCUAUUACCUGGUCCACGGGCGGCUGAAGAGGACGUACGCAGUGAAAGCCAAUCCUGACAUCCUGAAGUAUAAACUUCCCAAAAGAGAGAGGGGGAAGUCAGCCGACCAACUGCUACAGCAGGCUCUGCAGAAGGUGAAAGAUGAAGUGGAGGCUCAUGGCUGCAGAGCUGCUCUGAGGAAGUACGACCACUAUUCUGUAAAGGAGUAUCUGAAAGAAGAAGGAGGUCUGAGUUCAGAAGCAGUGAGGAUGAUUGGCGACCUGCUUAAUGAGCAGAGCCUCAUGUACACGGCACUGACUGAGAUGAUCUAUGACCAGGCUGACAUCAAUGAUGACGUGAAGUAUGCAGAAGUGACUGGUGGGUCGGACCUUCUCCCCAAAGCUUUUCUUAAUGUCCUCAAUGUCACUAUUCUCCUCAACUCCAAGGUCAAACGCAUCAGACAGUCAGAUAAAGGUGUAACUGUAUCGUAUCAGACGGGCCAACAGUCCUCUUUGAUAGAUCUUUCUGCCGACAUCAUUCUGGUCACAACCACAACCAAAGCAGCCCUUUUCAUGGACUUUGAUCCACCUCUCUCCAUCAGAAAGAUGGAGGCACUGAGGGCAGCCCACUACGACAGCUCCACUAAAAUCCUCCUCACCUUUCGCAAGAAGUUCUGGGAGGAGGACGGCAUCCGAGGAGGAAAGAGCAUCACUGACGGGCCCUUGCGUUACAUCUACUACCCCAGCCACAGUUUUCCGACAAAUAAGACCAUCGGCGUCCUCCUGGCUUCCUACACCUGGUCUGAUGACUCCCUCCUCUUCUUAGGUGCGAGCGAUGAAGACCUGAAAGAGCUGGCUCUGAGAGAUUUGGCAAAGAUCCAUGGAGAGCAAGUCUGGUCUCUCUGCACAGGGGUGGUGGUGAAGAAGUGGAGCAUGGAUCCUCACAGCUUGGGUGCUUUCGCUCUCUUCACGCCCUAUCAGCAUUUAGAGUACUCAAAGGAGCUCUUCAGAAGUGAAGGCAGGGUGCACUUUGCUGGAGAACACACAGCCUUCCCUCACGCUUGGAUCGAGACAUCCAUGAAAUCUGCAAUCAGGGCUGCUACCAACAUUAACAAAGAAUCAGCUAGAACUCAGCAUGACGAGCUCUAGGGCUGCCACAAAUAUUAACAAAGUGGUGCUCUUGAAUUCGAAAAACGCUAAAUAUUCAACACGAGAUGAUCUGCGGGUUCUGGACUAUCGAGUCUAAGCAACUGUGUGUUAUGGUUUAAAUAAAAAGAUUACAAAAAGAUGCAUCAUAUGUAGCUAAUUCCACAGAAAUGUACUACAUGUUGAAAUGUGUCUUUCAUUUAGAGUCAGCAACUAGCUUGUGUGCCUUUAGACUCUGGGAACACACCCAUUUUUUUUCCUACCCAAACACUUCUGUUUUAUACAUAAUGGAUCAGGGACACAUGUAUGUUUGUGAAAUUCUGCAUAUGUUUGUUGUGGCUAUAAUUCACAGAAAUAAAACUACAACUUAAACAAAUGGC